UGUACGAGUGUCCUUGAAGGCAACACGGGUUAUCACCAUCAUCAUCACAGUCAGUCGGACCCCAGCGAGGUAUCACAUUAGGCAGCUAGCUACCCGUUUUAACUUGCGUUUUACUGAACCAUUUUUGAUACACGUUUCUGCUCGACAUCACUGAACAUCGGUGCCAUGAAGGGAAUCAGGUUCAUCGUGGUUUUCUUGGUGCUUUCCGCGUGUUUUCUAUGCACAACCGAGGCGGGCAGGAGCAGGACCAGCAACCAGAACAGCUUCCGACGGGCAGCUAAUGGCAUCUACCAGACUCUGAGCAGUGUUUUCGGGGAGGACAACAUCAGAGGGUUAUACAAGUUUUUCUCCAAAACGACGGAGCGGUUUGUCCAUGGAGUGGACUCUUUUCUCGAUACCAUUUGGAAGAUCUGGUCAGACCUGUUGGAUGUGAUGGGCAUCGACUCCUCAAACCUCAGCCACUACUUCAGCCCCACAUCUCUCACCAACUCUCCAGCACGUGCCCUUCUCCUGGUCGCCGCUGUGCUCUUGGCCUACUGGUUCCUUUCCAUGUUCCUGGGGGGUUUCUUUUACCUGCUGCACGCUGUGUUCGGCCGCUUCUUCUGGCUGGCACGUGUCACGCUCUUCGCCCUGUCCUGCCUCUACAUCCUGCAGAAGUUUGAAGGUGACCCUGAGCGCGCAGUGCUACCACUGUGCUUCAUCAUGGCGGUGUAUUUCAUGACAGGGCCUGUGGGAGCAUACUGGCGUCGGGGAGGAGGUGCAGGUUCAUUGGAAGAGAAAAUCGACCACCUGGACACUCAGAUCAGGCUGCUUAACAUCAGGCUGAGCCGCGUCAUUGACGGCCUGGAACGCACCAGCGAGCAGUAGGAGGCAAUGAGGAUGGGAGGGGAGGGAGGGGAUAAUGUAGAACCAGCUGCAGCUGAUGUCAGUAUGCUGUUUCCUGUACAAAUCUGCAGCAACGCAACUACUGGGUAAUUACAACUCUAUGGUCAGAUCGGGGACAAAACUAGAUUGGAAAACAGUAUUUUAACUGCUUGAGUUGAUUUUAGUUACAGAGCACCUAAAAAUCCUCAGAGGUGUGGACAGUUGACUUUGAGCUUACGCAAAUCAACCAAACAACAGUUUUUCUUUCGUUUCUGUCUCAAGGCUUUGAAGGGUUUUUGCUACAUCUGUGAGGAAGUUAUCAGAGAGAUGUCCAUGGUUUUCUAAAUGCUCUACACCUUAGCUACUUUCGAGAAACUCCCAAGUGAAUUUUUGGUGUUUGGAUAAGCAUCCUCAAUGCUUGCGCUAAAUGAAUAAGCAUAUUUGAUGUAUCUUUUUUAAUUUCAUUUCUAUCCUUGUGAAUAACCUGGGGGCUACGAUUCUUUCGCAGGUUUGUCCACAAACUUUUUUCCCCUUUUUUGAAACUAUUGAAGCAGGAGAGGGGGUUGGGUGUCUGAUGCAGGGGACCGAUACAAACAUUGUAUUUCUAAUAUGUAAAAAUCUUAAAGAUGUUAGCUAGUUGUUUAUUGUAAGAUUUAUUUAUUCCAUUUACCAUCCAAAAUGUUGAAAUCAUGUAGAUCUAGUUUUUAUUUUCAUGAAGUCACUGUUCCAUCGUGGCAGUAGUUUGACAUCAGGACCUCUUUUUCAUUGUGUGUUUGUGAAUGAGGGCAUGAGCAUCCGGGUGACCCACUCAAAUGUAUGUGUGUGUAUUUUAAGCUUGUGAGACGAAAAGCACUGAAUCAAAAAGUCCCCGUCAAAUUAGAAGAAAACGUAGACCGGCAGCAAUAUCUCAGGGACUCAACCAACACAUAUAUAGAAUUUAGAAAAGAGAUAUCAAGUUUAUUAAAUCAUCACUUUGUCUCUUUGAAGUCACUUCACAGUUUUUCAGAUACAGUUUAAAAUCUGUCUUCGUAACAUACAAUACUUACUGAUAAAUGGGCGCACAGUUUGUUCUUGCAUCAUGUUGAAAAUGCCAAGCUUGAUUACGAUCAAAUCCAGCCUUUCAUUCAUCGUUUUGAUACUAGCAUGGAUCAUUGUAGGAAUUUGAACCUGCAGCUAGUGGGUCUAAUGUUUAAAUUGGGGAAAAAACAACCAUUUUUAACAUUCAAAUGUGUGAAUGCACAAACAACUAAACCACAGUAUGGGAUUAGACAAAAUAACUUAAUGUUUUAGUCACGUCACACUGGCUACAUGUCUUACUACUAUCUGUUAGGUUGAGAAUUGUUUGGGAAUUUUUAGGAUCGAUUUUCAACUUGAUAACAGAUUAAAUUAGGUCUAGUGCCUUUAAUCCUCUGGCAAAAAUACACACUGUAAAAAGGCAGGCUGAUGUACAUAGCUUUUACCGGUAACUUAACGAGAGACUUACAACCAGCUUGAUUAAAACAAGCAGCAUAACAUGUUCAGACUGUGCUGUGAUCACAUGCUUUGUGUACAUCACUGUAGCCAACUGUAAUUUGUUAGUCUAGAGCUUUUUAUAACUUUUAUUUCUGUCCAUUUUUUAAAUAUUUCUGAUCUUGCACUGUUAUAAAAGGAUGUUUUUCCCUGCCUUGCUUUUUCUUUGUUUAACACUUCAAAUACUCAUAUUCCCCUUGCUGAAGUUUUUUGUAAUUUUCAUUUAUAGACUCUGGACUCUGUAAACCCAUGUUUCAUUAUAGAAAUGACCCUAAUGCUGUGCAUAACUGGGGGGGAAAUGUUGCUUUUAGGAGAAACAUUGAGUAACGAAGUACACAAGUCAGUAAUGUUGCAGGAUGCUUCAAUUCAUCAGAUGAUGGCACUACUGAAGCCAAAGAACCAACCAGUAUUUUAACCCCAUGACACUCAGAUUUAACAAACUUGCAUCGGUAUGUGUGAGAUGGUUUGUAAAGCAUUUUUUUGCCCCAUCUCUUAAGUUUCUCGGUGUAGUAAAGACGCAGUGUUAACAUUCUUUGACAGGGAAUCAAUCACAGUAACACCAGAUACUGGUAGGGCUGUUUCUCAGCACACUCAGAUGCUAUUACAUGUGUUUGUUCAUGUACGCAGGCGUGACUGAAUUCAGACACUGUAAGUAGACUCAGUCUCUUGCUUUUCAUCUUUAUCUUGAAAUGAAGGCAGCACAAUGUAACAAGAAUAGCUCAGUGUCUGAAUUCAGGCUCACUAAAUGGUAUCAGGUAAAAGAUUUCCUUUAUUUUUGACACCCGGUUCGUCUCUGCAGUAAACCCCUCACCCCCAGGUCGCCCACAUAGUCCAGCUAUUUUGGAUUUUCUUGCAUGCCAUGUUUUUAUGCCUAUAUAACGUUUUGUUGAAUGAUAUACAUGUCGUUGAGGUAGAGCAUCUUUCCAAAAUGUGAUGUAAUGAUUAUAUUAGGGAUGUGUAUUAUGAGUCUUAUUUCUCUGUCAGUCAACAUUUGCACUGAUGACAGUACUGUAUAGACCAAAUGUUUAACGAUACAUGAUUUAACGGGACGCAAAACCGAAGAUUGUUUUCUCUCAUUCCGUCAUCACAGCUGUUCUGUCUUAUCUUGUGAUGUCUGUUUGCAAAUCUUACCAUGUGUAAAAUGAAAAUAGUGUUUUCUUGAAUGAAUUUGCAUAGUUGCAUAUAGUUGACUUGAAGGUGGGACUUGAUGUGGGCGUAUUGUAGCUUGUGGUUACAGCCCGUAGCCAGUGACUUUGUGUGUCUGUCUUAUUAGCGAGAGCAUGUUUGAUUUAUGAUGGAGUUCUGAAUCGUGAUAAUCAUGUAUGUCAGCAAAGGGAAGUUUCACACAGUUAACCAAUGAAUUGUGGUACUGAAGUAGGAGUCGAGUGAUCUUAAGUGGUCAGGUUAUCAUUUUAUUGUGUGAAAUCCGAACACAGACCUCAAAAGUUUCAGGGUCUUGUAUUUUAAACACUGAAAACUUGGAACGAAGAGUAAACUUGUUUGUGGCGCACAAGCUCUCUCAUGGUUUUAUUAUCUUCCAUCACCACAAAAAUAUCAGUUCGUGAGACGAAUAAAAAACAGCUUGAAAACACUCCCACUGACUCAAAGACAGGUUUAAAUCUUCUUUUCAAUUAUCAUGGAAGAUUCGCUGUGUGUACUCGCUGGUGUACAACUUAACAUUAUCACUUGGAGGCUGAAAGAUGCCAGAGAGUCUCUAUGUUGGUAUUUGUCAGUCCCUGAUUGAAUACUACAUUCAGUUUAUAUUUAUGUGCGUAAACUGUCUGUUGACCGGCUGGUAAUUCCACUAUUUAAUGUACUGUAUCCUACUCAUUAUUAUUACUCCAUGUAGCCUGCUUUUUCUAACUUGCUGUGCCAAUAAUGGACAUUUUUUCUUAUCAUUUUUAUUUGUUGGAUUUCACGUAGCUGUCUUUCAUUUCAUCAGUUAAUAUUUUUAGAACUUUUUUAAAUUCUAAAUAUUCCUGUACUUCAGUGAUGUGGCAAGCACCAAACUGUUCUGCCUGCUGUUGUCUACUUUGUGUGUGUGAUUGUGUGUCUUCAUGAAAAACCUGCUGUUGGGUAAAUGUCUCUUUUUUUUUCCUGUCUAAAGUGAAAAUGAGGUCCAGAUUUUAAUAAAUGAAGCACCACACUAUGAAAAAA